GAUGAAUAUUGAUGAGCCUGCAUCAAGCUGCCCUUGAUGAAUUGAAGGAAGUAUUGCGAUGCGAAAUCAAGCAAAAGCAGAGGAGCAGUGUACGGUCACCACUUCGCCACCAUUCAGCAGCUGCGCGAAAACCAGGUACCAUUACCACUGGUAUUGUUGUUGGCAAAGCUACCGAGUUUUGCCAACCGGUUCGGCAAAACUGGUUGUGCCCGGUCCUCGGCAGAACUCACGCAAAAGGGGAGUGGCAAAACGUGGUAGAACUCUAGGGCAUCCGAGACUCACAGAGAUGUAAUCUAGAUCUCUGAUAAUAUAGUUUGAAUUCAAGAGAACAUGCAAAACGACAUCCCUAAAGUAAGAUGGUGCAUGUUGGAGGGCGCCCUCUCGGCAUCACUGAUCAAUGACAAUUUCGAGUGCCUGGAACAAGUUGACAACAGUGUGGUGACACUGAUAACUCAUCAGAUGCUCGGAUCCAAGGUCGAGGCGGCCACGUAG